UCCUUUCUCUGCAUCUCAUCCCGUGUCCAUAAAAAAAAAACCAAAAUAAAAAAGAAAUCUCUAAAUCUGAUUAAUCACCGUGGCUUCCUCUGGCCAGCAAUCCCUCUCGAGAAGAAAACCCUCUUCAUCAUCUUCAUCAUCACAAUCACGAUCACAGCCGACUGCAACUAGAAUCGUGUACAGAGAAACACUAAUCCCUUUCUGGCAACAAAACUGGUUCAUUGCUCUACUCUUCGUCAUGGCUCUUGCUUUCUUCGGUCUCUCUAUCUUCCUCUUCCUCAAUCUUGAUCUUGACGGCGCUUCCUUCUCCCCUGCCUCCGCCGCCUCUGAUUCCGGUCCCGAGAUUACUUAUGGGAGUGUUGUUAAGCUGAUGCACGAGAGGACGAAGUAUCGACUGCAUUCACAUGAUGUGCCAUAUGGUUCUGGAAGUGGGCAGCAAUCUGUUACUGGGUUUCCUAAUGUUGACGAUGCUAAUAGCUAUUGGAUUGUUAGGCCUCAGCCAGGGACAAAUGCUAAACAAGGUGACUCCAUUAAAACUGGGACAAUUUUCCGUUUGCAACACAUGAAGACUAGGAAGUGGCUGCACAGUCAUUUGCAUGCAUCCCCAAUCUCUGGCAACCUAGAGGUUAGUUGCUUUGGGGGAGAGAAUGAAUCUGAUACCGGAGAUUACUGGAGGCUUAUGAUUGAAGGGAGUGGAAAGACAUGGAAGCAAGACCAAAGGAUUCGUCUUCACCAUGUUGACACCAAUGGCUACUUGCAUAGUCAUGACAAGAGAUACCAACGAAUUGCUGGGGGGCAGCAGGAGGUGUGCGGUGUCCGAGAAAAGCGUGCUGACAAUGUUUGGCUGGCAGCAGAAGGCAUAUACCUCCCUGUUACUGAAAGCAAGUAAACAUGCUUAUGGAUUGGCAUUGCAAAAACAACAACCUGGGUCUUGAUAUCAUUGGUGGCUGGUGCCUGGUUGUUCUUUCAUUAGCUGUAGAUGUUCCAUUAAAUGAGGAUAUAUACGACACCAAAAACUGAUUAAAUAUGCUUUGCAUGAAAGCAUGAAACCUUUUGUAUCUGAAGAAACACUAAUUUAGCUUCUUUUUAAUUUGUUUCUGAA